UUUUUACAUUAAGUGCUUUAUUACAGUCGUGUGUAGGCUGUCAUGUUUUUACUUUUGUUACUACAAUAAAGGAAGUUUUACUUUUCUUUGGAGAGAGAUUUUUUGCGCUACAAGUGGGGACAAUCCAUUGGAAUAUAUUCUAUUUACUCAGACGCUGACUACAGACCGGCUCAGUCUCCACAGCUGCAGAUCUCCAUACACCCUGAGCCAAUUGCUCCCCAGCGUGUUACCGGACAGUGAGUGGUAUACAGGUUCCUGUUACUGUGAGGAGCGCACCGCACACUAGACAUCCGUAGUGAUAUCCGGUUGGUGAGCGGUACUGUGUCUGAGCAAAACCCGAGCACAACCUCAGAUCCUGAUGUGGAUCACGAUGGUCGUGUCCCUGCAUCCUGCUCAACUGCCACAAUGACUGAACCACAGGAAAAACCCUGGGACCAGGUGAAGGUUGAGGAGGAGGAAAUCCCAAUAAAAACAGAAAAUGCAGACCUGGAGCCUUUAACGGUGAAGGAGGAGCCUGAGACGGACGGGAUGAGUUACCAUCACACAGAGAUACCCUCUGAUUUGUCUGCUGAUGAAGAGGAUGACAUAUUAAAAGUGGAGAUAACGGACGAUUUGUAUGUAAGGGACGAGCAGGAAGCUCCAGAACAAGAAAUGUGUGAAAAUUUCAGCACAGAUGAAUGUUUCAAGUUAAACGCAAAUUUUGAAUAUAGAAAACCAUUUACCUGUUUAGAAUGUGGGAAGUGUUUUACGCAGAAGCCAUCGCUCCUUGCACAUCAGAGCAUUCAUACAGGACAGAAACAGUUUUCCUGCUCUGAUUGUGGAAAAUAUUUUACCUAUCAAUCAAACCUGAUUCGACAUCAAAAAAUUCACACGGGAGAGAAACCAUAUAAGUGUGCGUUAUGCGGGAAAUGUUUUACCCAGCAGUCGAGCCUUAUUACCCAUCAGCGGAUUCAUACUGGGGAGAAACCGUUUGCCUGUUCAGUUUGUGGGAAGCAUUUUACUUAUCACUCGCAUAUGAUUCGACAUCAGAAAAGUCAUACGGGAGAAAAGGCGUAUUCGUGUCCAGAAUGUGGUAAAUGUUUUACGCAGCAACCAACGCUUAUUGCGCAUCAGAGAAUUCAUACAGGGGAGAAGCCAUUUUCCUGUUUAGAUUGUGGCAAAUGUUUUAAUUAUCGACGAGACCUUCAGCGGCACAAGAAAACGCACACCGGAGAGAAACCUUUUUCGUGUUCUGAUUGUGGAAAAUGUUUUAUUCAGCAGUCAGACCUUCACCGGCAUCAGAAAAUUCACACCGGAGAGAAACCCUUUUUGUGUUCUGACUGCGGGAAAAGUUUUAGUUGCAAAUCAAACCUUCUGAGUCACAUGAAGACGCAUAGAGCCAACACAAGUAUAGACAUUCUCAACGUGACGUUGUAAAAGGCAAUUUAGUUCCUCAUGUAAAUAAACUGUGCAAUGUGUUUUUAUAUGGUGCCUGCUCUUCCUGUAAUUGUGUUUUGUUGCCUUCAUUGAUGCUGGAGUACAGGAUCCAAAACAAUGACCCUGCAACAAGCUACACAGUAAAUGCUGCUCCAGUAGCUAAUCUGUUCCUAAUAGGCUACAGCAAAGGAGAUAUGGUAAUCCUACUCAAUGUAUCUUAAUGGGUGUGUCUAUGGACUGCAAACAAUGAUAGUUUUUAAUAAUUUUGUUUUGUGCACUUAACUGAAAUAAAUAUAUAUACAUAAAUACUAUAUAAACAAACAAUAUAUACAUGCGCACACACAAAAUAUAUAUAUAUAUAUAUAUAUACACACACACACUGUAUAUAUACACGUAUGUGUUUUUAUUUACGUGUGUGUAUAUAUAUAUAUAUAUAUAUAUCUUUGUCACGUGUGUCAUAUAUAUAUAUAUAUAUAUAUAAUCUGUUUUGUGUGUGUGUAUAUAUACAUAAUAUAUAUUUAUCAUUACUGCUGGUCCAUUAUGUGUUAUAUAAGAUGAGAAUUGUAAACAUUUGUAUCACAAUGGGAUGAGACUGUGGAAUUAUAUUAUACCAGUUAUACACCUCUGGUUUUGUGUUAAUAUUGUAAUUUGUAAAGCACUCCCUAGUGAGGUCAGAGAGCUAAUUGUGUAAUGUAGGUUUACAACAUGCUGUAAAUUGCCCUAACCAGCUAUUUAUGUACAGGUUACAGAAUUGACAGACAAUGGUUUAACCCUCAAUUACAGCAACAUACCCUAAACAUCGCCUGUCACAAGGGGCUUCCUGGGUUGUAACAGCGCAGGUCUUAUGGACUGAGCUAUUUCUGUAUGCUUUCUCUUGCCGCUGUCCAUGAGACACCCCUAGAUGUGCAACAGACGUGCCAUGUACACUAAUGGGUUAAUUACCUUUUAAGUAAUAAUGCAAGAAAGGUACUGACCCAUUAAACCUGUUACACAGACAUAGCAUCUUGUCCUACUGCUAGCCUGUAUAUUUACUGACAUGAUACUCUGUAACCGACCGCAUACUGCUAGCCUGUAUAUUUACUGACGUGAUACUCAGUAACCAAUCACGUUAUUGGCUUAUCGAUAGAGAUAAAUGAGAGAUCCGGAACAUAAUACCAAGUGAUGGCGUCUGGAUUAACCCUGCUUCCCGUGGGUUUCAUGUUUCUGUAUCCCAAGUGCUAUACAAAUAAAUGAUAAUAUUGCUUAUUAAGGGUCAAUGCUGUAGCAGUGUUUAUAUAAUUUAGUAAUUGCAUGUCACUUUUUUUUAUUAUUAUGGUAAAACUUGUUACUAUGUAAGUAUUGGUGACAUCAAUAAAUAUUAAAACUGAAAUAAUGUCUUUUUGAAGGGAGAAAUAAUUGUAAUACUUCCAUAGAAGAUAUGUUAAUAAAUAUAUUUCAUCAUGUUA